UUCUGCUACAAUAGCCGCUUUCCAGUGCUUUUAGAGAUUUUUUCACGAGAUCCCGUAGUGAACCGGAGCGGGAACAAAUGGAAUUUCCCCUUCCUCUCGAAGUUUGAUGUACAACCUGUCGUUCCAGCGGAAAUUAAAGGACGCAAACUUGGCUAACCGGUUGCACCGGUAGCUCAACCGGUGAAUUAAAGAAUAUACCUACUGGAAAGCACCUUUGAUUGCGCAUCAGCAACGUCACAAUCACAAAACAGAAAACACAAAAGUCAAAAGUGUCAUUCGGCUAUAGGAUUAAGAUUUCUCAAAAUAUUUUUUGAUCCAAACUUAUUAAAAAAUCCUAAAUACAGUCUAGUUAUAUUUUUGACUUGAUCCAUGAAGUUUUAUUAAGUAAGAUAAAAAUCAAUUGCAAUAAAUUUUGUUAAGUAGGUAAAUUUCUAUAUUGAGAGAAUUGCCAAUUUGUCACUUUUUAGGUGCUGAAAUGGAGCAGAGCAACAAAUGGCUCUUUUGAGCCUAACUACCAGAAGAUACAAUCACAAUUAGGAUAUGUUCUUGCGUGUACUAAGAUUCAUAAGUUAGAUAUCGCCAAAGAGUCAAUGGAUACUCCAAUUACAAUAUCCAGUGCUGACUCUACUACAAAGAAAUUAGAAUGUGAUGAGUCUGUGUACUCUAUAGAAUCUUCUAGCUUUGAGAGGGUUCCAGUAAGUUGGGGGAAAAGGAAACCUAUAAUAGACACUCCUUUUUCAACUGGAGCAAAGGUUAGGAGAUGGAUGGGAGAUAUUGAGGCUUCAAGAAGGCACUUUGAUGGAGAUGAGAGCGAAUUAGAUAAUCUGAGCCAUUCUCCCAGUUAUGUUGAUACACCAUCCACAGAAAAAUCUGAGAAUAGAAGUUUGAUUUUGGUGAGAUGCGAUUUCAACAAAACUUUGCCACAAUCACCACAAAGCACGUAUUUACAGUACCUGAAAAAUAAGACCUUAAGUAAAACACCAUCACCAAUAGUUGAUAGAAAAAGGAAUGUCGGAAAAUUUGCAGAUACUGCAAUGAAACGGAGCGUUUUGCUAAAACAAUCACCAGAUAAAAGUAACUUUUGUGGAUACAGUAGCCCAGUGGAUAGGAAAUUCUCUGUUGACGCGGACAGUUACCCCAAAACCAUGAAGCAGCUGGGUGAUAGCACUAUUGGGGAUGACCCUGAUGUUACAGAAGUGCCAAUGAGUCCAGAGAGCAGAAAGAAGGAAUUGUGCACCUAUCUGCAGUUGAUGGAUCCUGCUGACAAGAAGGAGAUACUGAUAUUGCAGAAUAGAAGAUCAACCAGAGUUAGAAAUCUGGCUGUAAUGCAGGAGAAGAAGCUGUUAGAUAAACAAAUUAUGAGCUCGAAUUUGAAUUUGGCUGCAGCACAACAGAAAAAACAUAUGUUAAGCUCUGAAGUGGAAGUAAGUGUUAUACCAGGGAACAAGGAGAUUGAAAAGCAAAUUGUGAAUUAUAAUAAGGUAAAUUUGGUCUUUGUGCAAGACAAGAAGCAUUUGGAGAAACAGGCUAUAAGCUCAAGAGUGAAUCAUGCUACUGUUGUACAAGAGAAGAACCAAUUGAAGAGGCAGGCUAUAAACUCUAAGAUGAAUGUGUUUACAUUGCAAGGGAAGAAACAGCCUGUGAGCUCUAACAAUCUGGCUGCUGUGCAAGACAAAAAGCAUUCUGGGAAACAAGUUGUGAAGUCUAUGGAAACUGCUGAACCAAAUGGAUCUUCUCGUCGGAAAGAAAUAAGGAUAGUCCGAGAAUUCAGCCUUUCAGAGGAAAUUCGACGAAAAUCUGAGCUCACUACACUCCAGCUGAGGUCGACUAAUGAACACUCACAAAAACUAGUAGUAUCUCUCGGAAAUUCGAAACUAACCAAAGAAGGAACAGGAUCUCAUAUUUUGACUCCUUUGACAUCUGAACAUAUGAAAUCUCAGGAGAAAUUUGAAGUGAUAAAAAGAAGACCAGAGGAUAAUUGCAGAAUGCUAGACAGAAAGCCUCAAGAAAAAUGUGAAACUUUGAAAUCCUUCAAAGAACUGAAUAUUGACCUUAACAAGAGCAUAGAGAAGGCUCCACCUGAGGAAGAGGAGAGAAAUAUAUUUUGCUUUCCCUUUCCACCCAAAGAAAUGACUGAAGAAAUGGAAGAUUUUGAUGUAGUGAUGGCUGAUCGAGCUCCUAAAUUUAAAAAAGCAUGUAGACGGAGAGGAUAUAUAUUACAGUGCCCACCCUUUAGGAAGUCGAAAAAUAAGGAGAAUUUGGAAAAAUCUAAACAAACAAAACAAAAAACGUCUACUUCGAAACAAGAAAACAACAACAAACGGGAUUUUAACGCAGAUCCUAUAAACUCAAUAGAACCUAAACAGCAGCAAAUAACGCCUAAGCCCAGAUUAAGGCCGAACAUAUUGAGGAAGAGCCCUAAAAAGAAUUCGGACAGAGUAAAUAAUUUGAGGAGCAACAAGGAUCUUUCAAAUAUCCCAUUCAAAAAGCUGACGUCCAAUGAAAAGCAGUUGAAAGCGUGGAAAAUUAUGAAAAAGAGGGAAAUGAGAGAACAUAUUAAAAAAACAGAUAGUAAUGACGAUAAGAAUUUAGCUGUAGAGGAGCCGUUUAAGAUGCCACUUCCAAAGGUUGAAAUAGUGACAGUAAAAGAAGAGACUGACAUGAAUGUAUACCAUGAAAACCUGAUGGAUGACAUGAUUGACUUCAAUAAUUUGAGUGAAGAACACAAGCGAUGUCUGAUUGAGAGUCGAAUAUUUUCGGCAGACCCUUGCAGGUUAUUAGGACCGGACAAGUCAAUGCCUGCGGCCUUGAACUGCAGUAUAGAUGUUAUAUCACCAUUUUCGGGUUUCACCAAGACUGAUGCACAAGAUGCGGAGAAAAUCAGCGAAGUUUGCCAAAGUACUGCACUAAAGGAGCAAAGAAAAAGCGUUGAUACCCAGAAAGCGCCGCCAGAGGCCGUAGCAGAUGGACUUACGGCAAAGUUCGAUAGUAGAAAAAAUCAUGAAGAUGGCCCUUCUGGGUUGCCCGAUGUAGAAUCUAACAACGAAGACAUAGAUGUUGAUGUAGAGACGGUUCCUCCAAUUAAUUUGCCUGUAGAUCCUUUGCGAGUUGAUACAAGGAGUAUCUUGCCGGAGCCCCAAAAAGGAGAAAAACGCGAUCUAAUUCCGUUUACGAAGCCGGCAGGAACUAAGUCUUUGCACAAGAGCCUGCAGCUGUCCAAAAGAAAGAAUGACAGCGGGUCGAUCGAGCAAAACGGGCCACAAGAAUGGGACUCUGAUCGCGGGUCGGUGAAGACAAAGGCGACUAAAAAACAGUCACAUUCUAUUUAUAUUGAUAAAGAGAAUGGCAGCAUUCUAAAGGCAUUCUAUGUAGAUUAUAAUCUGGUAAUAUGUCAGGAACGCUGCGUCUCCUUCUGGAUGCAGACGUCUUUGGGUCAUGUUCUGGGCUCCCAGGAUAUGUGGAUUCCUCGCGGCGCAGCCCAGAGGAUAACUUUAAAGCAACACCAAUGUAUUGAAAAGGAAUCUAUGGAGAUGGUUCUAUCAACGGAAGCAACAGUGGCAUAUAUUGAACUGUGGACUAAAGAGCAUCAGUCGGAGAUGCGACAAAGGCCGGUGGCAGACGUGUUUGCUACUGUAUAUUUCUGGAAACAACGGCAAAAAGGGAUUGAGAAGAAGGUUCUGCAGCUGGAAAAUAUCAAUGGGUUUGCGGACGAUGUUCAGUAUUCAGUGAUGAAGUGUGUCCCGAAGAUUGUGGUUAGUUGGCAUUGUGCCAGUGAUGACAAUAUGCCUAAAAGGACGUUAAUUCAUUGCUAUGAUAUGGCGCCUGAUUACCAAACUGUGUCCAAUAUAUAUGAUAUUGAGCCUGUUCAACACUAUGUUUCUUCAUUACACAAUGUUGAAGAUUGUGAAAACUUGAUAAUGGGCUGUGGAGAAAACAAGAUCACCUUAUGGAACAUAGAACAUCGAUCCAAAAUUGCUACCAUAGAACUAUCUGAAAUCAAAACACCUUUGUCGACAUUAUGGGUGAAAUGUGACAGGGGUUUUCUUUUUGCUUUACAACAGUGUCUGGAUCGAGAACUUCGUUUGAUAGCGAUUAAUGGUUUGAAUAAUUCGUGGAAGAAGUUAGCUAGUUACUAUCCUCCCAGCGGUUUUGACAGACUACGAGGCGUAUGUAUAGAAAACGGCAUGCUGCUGUCAUUUUACGACUCAGGCGUUCUAUGUUGGAACGCAGAAACUGGAGAACCUGUUGAGGAGAUACCAUUGGAGACUGAAUUGAUUCCUGCAGGAAAGUACGUUAUUUUCCUGGAGGACACUAGGGUGAUUGUCAAACAUGUCAUGACCCAUCUUAUGUCCAUAUCUGCGGACGAUUAUUAGGCUUUCACUUCGACGGUUUAGCCAGAACGUAGGUAUUAGAAAUUAUUUAGUUGAAUUGGAAGAAGCUAUUUUCUUAACUAUUGUAUUCAAGAACCGAUGAGGUAUAGUGGCACUGAAAACUGCUGGAAAAGGUUUGAUAAACGUGAUUUCAUCCCAAUAAUAAUUUGUUAUUACAACAGACGAACACUUGAAUACGUCAAACCCUGUGCAAUAGCUUUUAUCUGUGUAAACAGUAGAACUGUCAAAAACAUUGAUGAACAUUUCUAUACUUGUAAACCGUGAUUUCAAAAUUUUUCGAUUCUAUCCUGAUCAAUAUUCAAAGUCCAUCUCACCCAACACUACAAUUAUUUCUUUAUAAUUCGUAUAAUUUAAGAAACCAUUAGAGUUUUAAUAAUUGCGAGUAGUAUUGUAGUGUGUUAUUGUUAUUAUGUCAGAUCUACUAGAUCAUGUUAUCAAUUGUACAAAUUAACGUGCUAGAUAAAAACGUAUUAUUUUAAUUUUUUUGUUUUAUUGAAUUUUUAUGAAUUUUUCUUAAUUGGUAUACCUGUGUUCAAAAUUCGUGACUUACUGAAUAUUCAGCAGUUGCUUAAAAAAUAUUUUUCACGAAAUAAGUCAUGGAGACCUGACUAAAAUGUAUAUUUGACUCAACAUAGAAAUGUGUCCAGAAAUUGGAGGAUAAUCAUGAUCUCUAUUAUAUGACAAAAUUUUGUUUUCUAAAAGUUUUAUGCUUUUCGAGAUUUGCAGCAUUUGAUUUUUUUGUUAAAAAACUGGCUUGCAUUCAGUUAAUUCUUUGCCACUUCUACAAAUAACAUUUUUGAACCAGAUUUGUUUCAGAACACUCACAAUUAAGCACUUUAUUCCUGCCAGUAUUAUUUUUCCGUAAAUUGGCUAGAAAAAGAGUUAAAGCAAUGUCUAAACUUUAAUAAAAGGUUGUUCUCAAUCUGACACCCUAUCGUGAGAGGAUCAAGUGUGAUCACUGUGCCGAUCAGAUGAAAAAGUUGGUUGGUUAUUGACAAUUUUUAAACGGUAUUAUUUUGCAAAGUUUGCUGUCAUUUUAUUUCAGUCACAAUAACAAUGGAUGAGGGUCAAGUUUAGCAAGUAUCAAUAAAUAGUGUUUUUUGACUUGGAGACAAAAAAAAACGACAGGACUGAUAAGGAUAAUUUAUGUUUAAUUCAUUAAUAUUAUGGUGAGAAAUAUGAAAGGCUAAGCAGUUGGUUUCGUAGAAAAUCCAGAGCUGUCUUACUCCUACUGAGUAAGUGGAUCUGGUGCUGCAGCCUUAUUUCAUUGGCAACAAGAUUGCUAUACCUGUAUCCACAAUUUUUUUAUGGAGUUGCUUUUCGAAAAUUGUACACCAAGCUAAGCUGACCAUGGUAACAAAAUUGAACCAGCCUCAAGCAUGCCAGGGGUAAUUCUGGCAAGUUGAAGUGUUUUAUGAAAAAAUGUAGGUAUCAUCCAGCACUGUUCCUGCGCUUUUUUGUAUCCAAGCCAAAACAUGUAAAUUUAUUGAUAUUUGCUACAUCUCAUGCUCCUCCAUUAUAACUGCAAUUAAAAAAAAUAACAGAAAAGUAAGAAUAACAAUAAAAAUCGUUUAAAAAUUGCCAUUAACCAACCACCAACCAAAUCAGAUGUGAGAACGGAUAUUUAUUAAAUUGCAGACUUUGGUAUUGUUUUUAUGUGGGUUUCUCUUACUGGGUGAGAUGCAAUGCUUAAUUAAGCAUUACAUCAGAAUUGCAAUGUUCUUGAAGCAAACCCGGUACAAAAAUGUUAUUUGUUGAAAUGGCAAGAUAUCAACCAGAUCAAAAAAUUACAUACAAAAGCAGUAAGACUAAAUAAAAUGAAAACCCGUAAGUAGGCCAUGACGUGAACUAUUUGCAGCUGCCGGAAUACCCUUCAAUUUCUGGACAUCUUGUUUUAUGAUAUAUCAAAUAUUAGAAUAAUGAAUAAAUUAUAGCCAACAACUGUCCUCUGUCAUAUAUUUAGUACUCAGUAUAAGUUCAAAAGUAUUUUAUUGCUUUAUGUCAUCUGAAGAAUAUCGAGUUUCUACAAAACUGGUUUUGUAUAUACACAAUUGUAUAUUUGAUUGAGUUAUAAAAUAUAUUUAUUGAUUUGAUUAAAAUAUGUAGUUUUGUAAGAAACAAUAUUGAGAACAUAUUGAAAUUUUGAUAGUGGCAUGAAG